CGGAAGUGAGCCUCGGCUUGCUCACAAAAGAGAUGGCGAGCGGCAUCGGGAAACACAAAAUACUGAACGUGGGGCCGACUGAACCAUGGUCCAUCAGAGAGAAACUGUGCUUGGCCUCUUCUGUCAUGAGGAGUGGAGACCAAAACUGGGUGUCUGUAAGUCGAGCCAUCAAGCCUUUCUCAGAGCCGGGCCGACCUCCAGACUGGUUCUCCCAAAAACACUGUGCCUCUCAGUACUCUGAGCUGCUGGAAGCCACAGAAGCACCAAAGCGAAAACGUGGUGAGAAGGGAGAAGUGGUGGAAACCAUUGAAGACGUGAUUGUUCGGAGGCUGACCACAGAAAGGAUCGAGGAGCUGAAGAAACUACUCAGAGACACACAAGAGCAGUACAGAAAAUUGAAGAAAGAGGUGGACCUAAUACAGGCUGGCCACAUGGACUCACAACUAAAGGAGCUGCUCACAGAAAUUACACUAAAGAAGAAGCAAGAUGAGGAGGAAGCAGAGCAGAAAAGAAAAGCUACGGAAAUGGCCUACCAAGCUCGUCAGGCCAUUAAAAACACGCCAAAGCGCCUUCCCAGUGUCACAGUGCGAUCGCCUUUGGGUGCCAGUCCCACCUCUCUGGACUCUCAGGCUGACUCCUCUGUCCCUACUCCCCCCAUGGACACAGGAGGGGCCCCAUCUGAGGACACUGGACACCACAGUGUUGUGCAGGGAGUGGGGGUGUUCCUGCCCUCAGACCCAUCUGGACCUAAAGAGGCCGUUCUGUCUGCACUCAUGGACGACUCUCCCCAGAAGAGGCUUCUGGCUCAGAAGGCCACGCCCCCUCCCUCUCCUCUGCUGUCCGAGCUGCUCAAAAAGGGCAACCUCAUCUCCGCAAGCCCUAGACUGGUGAGACAACCAAAUGUUUAG